AUGGAGCAUGUUGAGGAUCCUGAGAACCAUAGCGAUGUGAGCGAUGAGAACGAAGAGGCCACCCAGAAUCAGCAGACCAGUGCUCCAAACGCCAAAAAGAUCAGGUCUAGUAGAGCUUGUGUGGCUUGCCGACGGAUGAAAACCCGUUGUGAAGUCGAUGAGGCUUUGGGAAACGCCUGCAAACUCUGCAUCAGAGCCCGGCGCCAAUGCAUUAUGCAAGCGAUUCCUCGCCGGAGAAAGCGCAAGACAACGGAAAGGGUGGCAGAUCUCGAGCGCAAGAUCAAUACCCUUACUGCCCUCCUCGCCGCAAACGACUCCAGCGGAUCUGGAGAUCCAUCACCGCCGUCUGCACAAACCGACGGUUCUAUUCCGGGUGAUCUUGCACCAGGCCCCUCGCAGACUUUGAUUGAGGACGCUCUCAACCACGGCCUUCUGGAUUGGAAGACGGCGUGUAAAGCUUUUGAUCGCUACCGGCGUAAAAUGUGUCAAUAUUUCCCUUUUGUGGUAUUUCCACCCACCUCCGACGCUAAGACGGUCAGCGAACAACAGCCUACCCUCUUCUUCGCUAUCGUUGCCGCCGCCCUUACCUCGAUAAAUGCACGUAUGGAUGGAGGCCUCGGUGACAUGCUUACCAAGGAUUUAGCCUUGCGGAUCAUGUACCGCGGCGAAAGAUCUCUUGAACUCGUUCAAACUCUGCUGGUUCACAUUUCGUUUUAUAUCAGGGCCAAACACAUGCGGGAGUUGAAUUUCAACCAACUCGUGCAUAUCGCCAGCACCAUGGCUUUGGACAUCGGCCUAGGGAGACGGCCUCACAAGCCCACAUCAACCCAUCGAACCGAGCCCCAUCAGCUCGAAUCGCUCGCAGGAAGGAGGGCUUGGUUGGGAUGUUACUACAUGGCGACAAGUGUAUCCAUGUCCCUUCGUCAUCCUGCCUUCCUCCGCUGGUCUGUAUACGUCGAAGAAUGUCUCGAUGUUCUUUCAUCUGAACCGCCGGCGCUACCCAGCGAUGUAUGGCUAUGCGAUUUGAUUCGUAUCCAACAUAUCGCAGAAGAUGCUUCAAUUGUCUUCUCCAUGGAUGACCCCGGCUCGAUUGUGACCCUUCGAGAUGUCAAGACCCAAUAUCAGAUUGGGAGUUUCCGUCACCGUUUGGAACAUUGGCGUCGAUAUGCUAAAACAGACCUGACACAACCCUAUGUUCGUCAUGUCGAGGCUAGUGCAGACCUCUUCAUCCACGAGAUAGCGUUGCAUUCAGAACACAACAUAGACGAACUCCGUGCACCCAUUCGUCCCGUUGCAGUGAAACCGGGAGGGGUGGAAGUCAUUACCUCCUCCCUCAACGAUUUACACUUUCUGCCGGCCAGAAUCGAAUCACUCUUUGCUUGUCUCUCUGCAAUUCACAAGGUCUUCGAUGCCAUGCUCUCCAUGGAAUUCGCCACCUUGUGCACCUUGCCUAACCUAUUCUUCGUUCGCACCGGCUAUGCGGCGCGAGCCCUUCGAAAGCUGCUGAGCAUAUGUGAAACUCAAACGCUCGUCAAGGGACAAAUCCCCAUCGAUAUCAAAGACCUGAAGUUUGAAGAUUACAUGGAUUCUCUGAUUGCGUUGCUCUCCAAGAUCCACGAAGCAAACCACUCUCAAGUCGCGCGGGCAUUUGGUAUGGUCUUGAAACAGAUCAGAGCUCAGGACACGGAUCCUUCGACGAUCGUCUGUGGACAUCCCCAACAGAAUCCCGACGUCGACACGAGACAACCCGAAAGUCUUGCGGCACCUCCGUUACUUGCAACAGGCCAAUCUCAUCCUCCCCCCACCCACGGGGAGCAAAUAUAUAUGCCGCCCAGCGAUCUCAAUAGUUUCUCCAUCGAUCUUACCAGCAAUGCCUCCAGUUCCAGGCAGCAGCAACACCUAGAUGCCCCGCUGGCACCUAAUCUUCAAUCAACUGUUCCCCCAUUCUUACAACACGACAUGAGUGAUUCCCUAAUGAGCGACAUCGACAUUCUACAGUGGUUCGAACAGGAUUUCCAAUUUGAUGACCUUGAAAUGUACCAACAAAAUGACGAUCUAGGUUCACGGACUCGAUCAGCUCCAGAUGUGGGUGGAUGGCAACAAAAGUAA